CGCGCGGGUUUCGUCAGAAGGUGGAGGCUUUCGGCGGAGCCGCGGUCCCCAGCUGCCCGGUCGCGCCCCGUUUCCUCCCUCCCGCUCCGCCCCUCUCUCCGGCGCCCCCACUCCUCUCCCCGAGUGACUGAGGGACGAACGGCCCCGUCCUCACCACCCGGCAUGGAGUUCGGGUCCCCGCGCAGCCCUCACUUCCCGCUCGGCAUCUCUUCCCUCCACGGUCGCUGAGCUGCCCCGGCGCCCGAGCGGAGGGCGGCACGACCCCCUAGGCCGACCGCGGCCCCGCCCACGGCCGCACCGCAGCUGCGCUCUGGUUGGACCCCGACAGCCGAAGCCCAGUCCGCCCUCGGGUCCCCGCGCCAGAAUGAAGAAGAUGAGCAACAUUUAUGAGUCAGCUGCCAAUACACUGGGAAUCUUUAACAGCCCCUGCCUGACCAAAGUUGAGCUGCGUGUGGCAUGCAAAGGCAUUUCCGACAGAGAUGCCCUUUCCAAACCAGACCCCUGUGUCAUCCUCAAGAUGCAGUCCCACGGGCAGUGGUUCGAGGUUGACAGAACAGAGGUGAUUCGCACCUGCAUCAACCCAGUGUAUUCAAAACUGUUUACCGUGGACUUUUAUUUUGAGGAGGUGCAGCGCCUGCGGUUUGAGGUCCACGACAUCAGCAGCAACCACGAUGAGCUGAAGGAGGCUGACUUCUUGGGUGGCAUGGAGUGCACACUUGGCCAGAUUGUUUCCCAGAGAAAGCUGUCCAAAUCCUUGUUGAAGCACGGGAACACGGCAGGGAAAUCCUCCAUCACGGUGAUUGCUGAGGAAUUAUCUGGCAAUGAUGACUACGUUGAACUUGCCUUCAACGCACGGAAACUGGAUGACAAGGAUUUCUUCAGUAAGUCUGACCCAUUUCUGGAAAUUUUUCGAAUGAAUGAUGAUGCAACUCAGCAGCUUGUGCACCGAACUGAGGUUGUGAUGAAUAACUUAAGCCCAGCCUGGAAAUCAUUCAAAGUAUCAGUAAAUUCUCUAUGCAGUGGAGAUCCCGACCGCCGGCUGAAGUGCAUAGUAUGGGACUGGGACUCCAAUGGCAAACAUGACUUCAUUGGAGAAUUCACCUCAACAUUCAAGGAGAUGAGAGGAGUAAUGGAAGGAAAACAGGUGCAGUGGGAGUGCAUCAAUCCCAAGUACAAAGCCAAGAAGAAGAAUUAUAAGAACUCGGGCAUUGUGAUUUUGAAUCAGUGCAAGAUCCACAAGAUGCAUUCUUUCUUGGACUACAUCAUGGGUGGCUGCCAAAUCCAGUUUACAGUAGCUAUAGAUUUCACGGCUUCGAAUGGGGACCCCAGGAACAGCUGUUCCCUGCACUACAUCCACCCCUACCAGCCCAAUGAGUACCUGAAGGCCUUGGUAGCUGUGGGGGAGAUUUGCCAAGACUAUGACAGUGACAAAAUGUUCCCAGCCUUUGGGUUCGGUGCCAGGAUACCCCCAGAGUACACGGUAUCUCACGACUUCGCAAUCAACUUUAAUGAAGACAACCCAGAAUGUGCAGGGAUUCAAGGAGUUGUGGAAGCCUACCAGAGCUGCCUUCCCAAACUCCAGCUCUAUGGCCCCACCAACAUCGCUCCCAUCAUCCAGAAGGUUGCCAAGUCAGCAUCAGAGGAGACCAACACUAAGGAGGCAUCGCAAUACUUCAUCCUGCUGAUCCUGACUGACGGGGUCAUCACAGACAUGGCCGACACGAGGGAGGCCAUCGUCCAUGCCUCCCACCUCCCCAUGUCGGUCAUCAUCGUGGGAGUGGGCAACGCAGACUUCAGUGACAUGCAGAUGCUGGACGGUGACGACGGGAUUCUGAGGUCGCCUAAGGGAGAGCCCGUCCUUCGCGACAUCGUCCAGUUCGUGCCCUUCAGGAACUUCAAACACGCAUCUCCAGCUGCCCUGGCAAAGAGCGUGUUGGCUGAAGUCCCAAACCAAGUCGUGGACUAUUACAAUGGCAAAGGGAUUAAGCCAAAAUGUUCAUCAGAAAUGUAUGACUCUUCCCGGACACUGGCUCCAUGAAGUCUACACACUUUUACAGAGUCCUUGAAUACUAUUCCUGCUGAUACUUAAUACUUCUAUUAUCCUGUACUUAAAAAGACACAAAGGUACACAUUUAAAAAUAGCACGUUUUGGUGAUUUUUAACUAACUAACAAUUUUUUUUGCAUGUGUAGCCCUGAGGCCUGGAUCUGCUAAGCCCUUGUAUUGUUAAAGACUUUUUACAAAGAAACACAGAUAAUUAUAACUUACUCUUUACAUUACAGCAUGUCGCCUUGAUAUAAAAUGUUAUCUGUAUCUGUUUUUUAUACAGGUUUGUUGAAAUUUUGCUAAAUUUCUUAUUAUCUUUACACUGUAAAGCAUUUUGAAACAUUUCUUGAACGUUGAUAGCCAAAACAUAUUUGGUUUUAUCUGCUACAGGAUGAGAGACUUUUUAAAAUGGCAGAUGCAUGGACUGUAUUUUGCAUGUUUAAAAUAAAAAAAAAAAAAACCAUGCUGUUUUUGCAGUUGUCGGCCAUAAUUCUUCCCUGCUGAGAAUGGUCCCUCCACUGAAAAAGGGGCUUAUCCACCUAGAGGUGGUCUUCUUGAAGUGGGUCUGGGGCACCCAAUCCAGCACCUCUCAGACUUCCCUGUGUAUACAAAUCACCAGAGAAUCUUGUUUAAAUUUUGACCGUGAUGCAAUAGGUGUGCAUGGGCCCAAGAUCCUAGAGCUCUGAGUCCCAGAUGAUGCCAGUUCAGGCCCCAUGUUUAUGUCACUCCCUAGGAAUGACCUCAAAGUGUCUUCAAUAGACCCAUGACAGUGGAAACUUGUCAACAGCAAAUAGCCAUGUAUUUUAUGAAUAAAUUUGGU